GCGGGUGACUGGGAGAUGGGAGAGAGAGCAGAAGAGGGUUGAGGGGUAUGAGAUUUAGCAGCUGGAGUGGCAUAGGGGGACAAACAAGAAAAAAAGCCCUUGGAUAAAUUAUAUCUACAUUCUCAUCCAACAAAUCGUCACGAUGCAUUUGGAAAUGUUGCUUGUGCUGGCCUGGGCAUUGUUCGUUCCUGUAACGAACAGCAAAAAAACUUAUGGUGACAUGUUCCCUCACAAACACAAACUCCCUAUUUCAUUCCCAAUCCCUGGAUGGGAACCGGACACGAACCCCUGGGACGAAUCUCUGUACCCCCCCCUCAAACAGCAGCUGAAUCGCAGACAUGAUAAACCACCGAGGGUGCGCCUCACGAGCGACAGCCCAGCAAUGAAUGGCUCAUGCAUCUCGUUCACUGCAGCUCUGGAGUUUCCACCAUGCCAGAAGGAGGACAGCAGCGGCAACUUGGUGUAUGAUGAGCACUGUGACGACGGUAUGAUGGAGGCCUCAGCCAAUGGACAGGUGCCUUCAGGAUACGUGUUUAACUGGACAUCCUGGUUGGAUGACUAUGGCUUUGGAAAGUGUACAGAUCUGAAGAGGUGCAAUGUUUUCCCUGAUGGAAAGCCUUUUCCUCAGAGCAAUGACUGGAGACGUAGAGGUUAUGUGUAUGUGUGGCACACCAUGGGCCAGUAUUUUGAGACAUGUGAUGGCUCCUCCUCCCAUCUGACCCUGAACACCACUAACAUGACGUUUGGAGCUGGUGUGAUGGAGGUGAUGAUGUACCGUAAACGUGAGCGCAGGAAGUACAGCCCACUCUCUGUGGACAGUACCGUAUUCUUCAUAACAGAUAAGAUUCCACUCUCCGUGAACAUUUCCCAGAAGCAUCCAGCCAGCAUAACUGACAAAAACGUCUUUGUCAGAGGGUCAGAUGUGAUUUUCAACGUCCAGAUUCACGACCCAAGCAACUAUCUGAAGACAGCUGAUGCGGUAGACUUCAUUUGGGACUUUCGGGAUGGCAACCAGUUGGUCACCCACAGCAAUGUGGCAACCCAUGCGUACAACACUCUUGGAAAUAUUACAGUCAAGCUCCUCGUGGAGGCAUCGUUCCGUGUGCCCUGCCCGCCAUCGACUCCAACACCAAUGCACUUUACACAAGCUCAUACCACGGCGAUGCCUACAUUACCGCCUGGCACUCACGCAUUCACUAGCAAAAUGGAGACUACCAAGGGUGAGACGAGUAGUGUUUACAGCAAGAAAAAUCAACCUCCUCUAGCUCUGCAGAACCUUCCAGCCAAUCAGAUUUUAAAGGUGUCAGCUGACAAAGUGACCAACACAUCUGUAAACUUCAUGGUGACUUGCUCAGGCAGUGUUCCCUCAGUGGCCUGCACCAUAGUGGCCAACUCCGCCUGUCGGGAGGUCAAGAAUAUCGUGUGUGAGGACGUGGCUCCUUACGGCGAAGGAUGCAAGAUCAGCUUGACACGCAUUUUCCAAACGCCGGGCAAUUACUGUGUUAACAUCACGUUGGGUCUGCCUGGAGGCUUGGCUCUUGCCACCACCACCUCAGUUACAAUUGGCAACAGCCCUAACAUAAGCUCUCCUAAAUCCUCCCAUGUAGCUGAGGUGGUUCUGUCUUCCAGCGCUGUGCUUAUUUCCAUCUUUGCAUUCAUUGCCAUCAUGGUUUACAAGCGAUAUAAGGUGUAUCGUCCGGUGAGACGCUCUAUGUUGGAUGACACUGAGAGAAAUGCUGGUAGCUGGAGUUUAAGCAAACUAAGAGCAGCUCUGUUCCCUGCUGACGAGGAGAGAAGCCGUUUAUUGACAGAGAGGCCACUAUAGACUGAUCGGAGUGGUUGCAGCAAAGUUGCUAUUUAUUUGAUACACGAGUUUGGCUGUAGGUUAUCUAUGAGAAUAACAAGAGAUCUCAUAGGUGCUUGCUUUCAGCAAGAUUAGAUUACACUGGCAUCAGUUUGACUAGAAUAAGUAAUCAUAGCAUUUCAGUUAUAUCACAUGCAAGCUUUAAAGAUUUUUAAUGAAAGAUUUGAAAUGAAUGAGAUCAGACAUGCCAGAUCUACAGGGGUUU